AUGAUGACUGGUAAUAUAAACCCAGAAUAUCGAUAUAUAAGCAUAAUUGCCAAGACUUGGAAUGAGGUUUAUUUGGCUGAAAAUCUAUUGACCAAACAAAAAUGUUGUAUUAAACAAGUGCUGAUUGAUGCGUUAUUGAGAGAGAAAUCCUGCAAAAAAUAAAAGCUAAUCCGCAUCCAAAUAUCAUAUCCUUCGAGGAAAGCUUCUAUUAUGAGAAGGUGA